AUUUCACCAAACCCUUCAUCGUACAAGCUGAUGGGAGCAGUCACGGUCUCGGAGCUGCUCUCUGUCAAGUGGAUGAUAACGGUGUGGAGCGUCCCAUAAAGUUCGCCAAGUUCGUCGAGCUCUGUCAUCGGCCGAAAGUAAGUGGUCUACAGAGCAGGUAG